AUGGAGCUCAGGACUUCCUUCACUCGCAACCACCUCUACCUCAUGUGCUUGGAUGACGAUUCUCUCCAUUUCUUCGAAUCUUUCAUGGGGAUCCACUGCAUUCCUCUCAGCGGACUCAACAUUUCAUCGCACGAGCAAAUCUGGGUAUUACGGGUCCGAGUGGUAUCUUGCUUGGCGGAAGCAGGUCAUGAUGUCAUCAUGUCAGAUGCAGAUGCCCUGUGGCUGGCGGACCCCAUGAAAGACUUCUCGCUCCCUGGCGUUAUCGACAGCAGUAUCGUUGCAUCCAGAGGAAAAAAACCUAAAGAAGUUGGUAAGGUGUGGGGGGCAACGAUGUGCAUGGGUUUCAUUUUGUUUCGAGCGACUGCGAACCGCACUGCCAUGGGGAAAUUCGUCACCGUCAUGAACGCCCUGGUGUUCGAAUCGGAGGACGACCAGAUCGCGGUGUGUAUGGAGCGUUUUUGGUACCCAUUGCCAUGA